GUCACUUAAGGAACAUUCCUACCCCUGUUGCUGUUCCUGUUGCUGUCGCGCCUCAGGUAGUUGAGAGCCGCACUUGCUGCCACGCGGAGGCUGUCUCGCUCCUCUCUCUCCAACCCGCAUAGUCACCCUGAAGAGCGGCUCGCACGCAUCGCCUCCUCUCUGGUCAGCUCGGGGGCUUUUUCGAAUACGGAGUGAACAAACAAAUAACGAAGAGGAUUGUCACACGUGUAAAAAAAACUCAAGGAUCUUCAGUUUACGUAAGCAAGUGGUAAGGCAGCCCGGCUCAUUAAGAUUCUACGCGUGCGGAUCUUCAGGUUAAUCAAGAAAACGAGUUGCGGAAGAAGGAAGUGGGAGAGACGACCACCACCACACCCAUUGAGGAACCUGGUGGGUCGUGGCCAUGGCGGGGGAAGGACAGCGGCGGUGGCGGUGGGGACACGUGAUGGUGGCGGUGGUGGUGGUGGUAGCGGUGACAGGUGACAGCUCAUCGGAUCUCGCGGAGGGUCCCGAACUGAGGCGCAUCAAACGUCAGGAGCGGUUCGGCUUUGGCUUCAAUCCCAACCUCUUCGGCGGCCGCCAGCAGAACCUUGGCUCCCUCAUCAACUCCUUCCUCGGGGGCGGCAGGAACCCUAACCAGGGCAACCAGGGCAACCGUCCCGGCGGCGACCUGCUGGGCACCAUCAACUUCGGCGGCCUGCCCAUCCAAGUAACCAACGGCCAGAACGGAGUUGGGAUCUCCUUCGGGCCGGGUGGUCAAGGCGGCCAAGGCAAUCAAGGCAACCAGGGCGGCCAGGGCAACCAAGGCGGCCAAGGCAAUCAAGGCAACCAAGGCGGCCAGGGCAACCAAGGCAACCAAGAUGGUCAAGGCGGUCCUGGAGACUGCAGCAUCAACAACGGCGGAUGCCAGUACCAGUGCCGCGUCAACCGAAGGGGGAACCCCCGCUGCGUCUGCCCGAACGGCUUCAGGCUCAACCGAGAGGAUCGCAGGACGUGCCGCGACGUGAACGAGUGUCGAAGAAACAACGGCGGCUGCAGCGACGUCUGCACCAACACUGAAGGCUCGUACACCUGCGAUUGUUCCAAUGGGGACCUGCAGGCUGACGGGGUCACCUGCUCCUCCGGCUCCGACGAGCUCAUUCUAGCCAUGAACUGCGCCGUCAACAAUGGUGGCUGUCAGCAGUUCUGCUCUCAGACAUCCCAGGGAGUCGUCUGCGGAUGCCAGAAUGGAUUCAGCCUUGGGGCGGACAAAACCUCCUGCCAGCAGGUGGACGCGUGCAGCAACAACAACGGGGGAUGUGAGGACAUCUGCAACAGCACGCCGCGGGGACCCGUGUGCUCGUGCAGCCCAGGCAAGUUCCUCGCCCAAGACAGACGCUCGUGCCCGGAUUUGGACGAGUGUCGCUUCAACAACGCCGGAUGUCAGCAGAUCUGCGUCAACACCGACGGUUCCUUCAAGUGCCAGUGUCAGAGCGGCUUCGAGUUGGUCAACGGACGGUUCUGCCGGCCCACAGCCCAGACGCCGCGGCCCACAAACCCCACCCCGUCAACGUCUGCACCAAUCACCUCAGGCGGCGGCGGUGACGUUAACAGAGGGUGCGGCGUCAACUCAAAGAAGUCGCUCUUCCAUCGCAUCGUGGGAGGGAAACCUGCCGACCCCAAGGACUGGCCGUGGAUGGCUGCCCUGCUGCGGCGGACGACCAACGCCCAGUACUGCGGCGGCACCCUCAUCACCAACCAGCACGUGCUCACGGCUGCCCACUGCCUCAAACCGUUCAGCGCCUCGCAGAUCCGUGUGCGGCUGGGCGAGUACCGGUUCGAUACUCCCAGCGACAGCGACCACGUUGACUUCGAUGUCCUGGACGUCCGCAUGCACGAGAGAUACAAUUCAGACACGCAGGAGAACGACAUCGCGGUGGUGAAGCUGAACAGACCGGCGACCUUCAGCGACUCGAUCUGGCCCGUGUGUCUGCCUCCCGCUGGCGAAUUCUACGAGGGACGGAGUGGCUACGUGACAGGCUGGGGGACGAUCCACUUCGGCGGCCCUGUCAGCUCAGUGCUCCAGGAGGUGGUGGUGCCCGUGUGGUCCCGAGACGACUGCUCCAACGCCUACCCCGGCAAGGUGUUCCCCGGCAUGAUGUGUGCGGGGCUCAAGACUGGCGGCAAGGACUCGUGUCAGGGUGACUCCGGCGGACCCUAUCAAGUCCAGGACCCGAGGACCAAGCGGUGGUUCCUGGCGGGCGUGGUGUCGUGGGGCAUCCAGUGUGCCAGGCCAGAGAACCCGGGUGUGUACUCCGAGGUGGCGUACUACCUCGGCUGGAUCCAGGCCAACGCUGUCUAGUGGCGACCUGGCGACGCUGGAGAGGGGAAGCUGGCAUGCAGGAUAAAAUAAACAGAUAAAUAAACAAAUAAAGCGGGGAUACGAGAUAUGAGGAAAAACUGAAAAACUGGAGCAGGUUUAAACGUGAUAAACUUGCCGACAGCCACCUUGAAAUGUUACCAACAGACCAACACAGGAAGGUCCAGCAGAUGGGUGUUACAGACAGGCGAUGAGUCUCGUUCCUGCGAACACGACGCAGCCUAAACUCAGGAAUUUUUCAUUAUUUUGUACUCGCAAAUAUUUAAGGUUGUUAAAAUUUCCGUUGAAUACGUUGUUUAUCUUUAAAAUAAAUACGAAAUGUGUA